CCGGGGUCAAUCAACGGAAGGAACCCGGGCUGCCGGAUUGCUGCUUGGAUAGCGAGCAGCGAAGAUGACCGACAUGAGGGUCCAGUUCGAACCCAUCGGUCGGAGCUUAAAGCAGUACGGGCCAUGGCACUUUGCGGAUGCCCGCUUCGAGGAAGACCACCAUACCGGCCUGGGGCCGGCCCUUUUGCAGACGGCCGACAUUCCCGGCUUGAGCGACAGGCUGUUGGGCAUUUCGAAGGGAGGCAGACCGGAUCCCGGCUCGCCUCGUUCCGAAGUGACGCUCUCGGUCUCCAAGGUGAGGCACACGCCUGGAAGUUCUCCGGAUCCGGCCUUGCCUAAGGGGUCUAGCCCGGCCCACCCAACCGAGAUAUCUCAGCCCCUCCUUCCAGCCAUAUUCCACCCAUCGCUGGCGUUUACCGAUCCCGCGCCCUCCGGCAAAGCGGUUGUAACAUUCCCACUGCCGGAGCCUGCCCGGGUUCCCAAGCCAUGCCUCAAGCGUCGCCGGCCCGUCACCGACGUCGACGGCCCAGGGACUAACGCGACCAGCCGCAAGAAGCGCCGCCUCCUACGCCAACUCAUCACCUCGCGCCUCUCGCAGCCGUUCUCGCUCCCGGCCACCCACAUCCUCAACCGCGAGUCUGUCGCGGCCGGCGGCAAGCGCUUUGCCAAGCUGACAGCCAUCAUGUCGGCGCGGCGCCUCAACAGCGCCGUGGUCAGCCCGGUCUCCCCACAGCAGCCAAGUCCGUCGACCUGGCUCCGUCGCGCCGCGGUGCUUAACAGCCUGCGGAACCGGGUCCACGCCACGGCGGCGGAACGCGCCAACAUUCCCGUUCCGGACCUGGCGGCCAAAGCAACCGCCUUACAGCAGAGCCACGGCUUUGCGACGACUUUUGUAGGCGGACGCUACCUCAUUGCCACGCCAAUCCACCAAGCAAACAAGGCCAUGCUGCCAGGGCCUCACGGGUCAACAGCAGGACCAGCAGCAGCAACAUUAUCAUUAUCAUCGUCAGCAGCAGCAGCAACAGCAGCAACCACACAACGAUCACCGCCAGGGGCCGCCGCAGCUCAUCAUCAUCAUCAUCAUCAAACUCUUCACUCCAACUCGCACCACCCCCCGCCAUCAACCACCCGACUGCGCAUCCCCUCGCCCAAGCUCCGCCCCCUCCGGUCCCCAGAGCUGCGCGUCACCAGGCCGCUGGUACCGCUCGAGGACAUUGAGCCCCUCCUGGUCGACGAUCCUUCCUCAUUCAGCGGAGACACGGACUGCGUGGCCUUCCCGACGGCAGACCUCGAGAGCCGGUAUAUCUACGGCGACGACGACGAUGAGGAAGGGGGCGGAGAAGGCGUGUAUGCGGAUUUCAGCGUCAUCUUUGGGAGCGGCGGAAAGAAAAGUGGUGAUGGCGAAGGGGGCGGAGACGGAGCGACUGGUGGGAGCGGUGACGGUCGCGAUGGGGACGGGGAUUGCUUUGAGGACUACAUGGAUGACUUGGACGGGAUUCCCUGGGGAGAUACGUGGUAAAAAAAAAAGCAAGCACCAUCACCUUGCAGUCGUGUUUUACGUUUUUGUCACUGCGCACGGAGGCGUCCAUUCCCUGUAUGGAGUUUAGGGGCGCUUGGGCAGCAAAGGGAGAAGGGGUUAUCUUGAGUUUCUGUGUGGGACCAAGGUUUAUCAUGGCUGCAAACAGGACUGGGGGGUGGCAAUCUGAUUUUACGCGCGUUGGUGGGUCAUUUGACUUUAGCAUUCGGGAGGCAUUCGCUUUUUGUUGUUCUGUGGUGACAAUAAAAAGCAAAAAAAGAAAAAAAGAAAAAAAAUUAAUCGGGUCGGCAUGCUAGAGAAACAGUAAAUAUGACAGCGAGGAGCUUUGCUGUUGUUCCCUGGGCUUGUGGCUUACGAGUGGACUCUUGAAACUGAGAGCAAGCCAAAAGACGGAAAUCCUUCUGUUUGUUUUGUUCAACUUCCAGUUCAGAAGCACCUCGGAAUGUUGAGCCCGCCCGGAGCCGGCCGACGAAGGUUGAAACCUUACUGUACGGAUUACGGAGGUUGGCUUCAAAAGAUAUUACAGUGCCCAGACUGCCAAGACCUCCAUAUAUAGUACGGAUCCGUAUAGUCAGCCAAGACGGUUCUCCACCCUCCACAGCCCUCCCACUUACCAACUUACCAGCAGGUAAAACUGGCUCAAAACCAGGCUAUUUUGAG